AUGCGCUCGUUGCGAGUCAGGGUCUGGAAAGAUCGCUCGUUUUCUUCCUUGGCUUGUUCGACCACCCACAGCGUUGAUUCUGCAGAAGCCCAAAGAGAGGUUGAGAACAGAUAUGCGGCGCUCAUACGCAAAUGCCGCCACUUACACGAAGUCCGGAGCGUUCACGGCAAGCUCGUCGAAGCUGGAUUUGACGGCCACAGGUACCUCACAAACGUGCUCAUCCAGAUGUAUGGCAACCUCGGCGGGAUCCAGGAGGCCAAGCUUGCCUUUGAGCGGAUGCCCGAGAGGAAUCCAUACACUUGGAAUUUUCUCAUCGUUGCUUGUUCCCGGAAUGGGCAUCUGGAGGAGGCUAGGAUGGUGUUUGACAAGCUUCCGGAGAAGAGCGCGGUGACUUGGAACACAAUGAUCUCCUGUUACGCCCAGAAGCAAUGCGUGAGCGAAGCAAAAUGCCUGUUUGACAGCUUACCUGUCAAGGACGUGUUCUCGAGGAACAUCUUGCUCACCGCAUACGCCCAGAGCGGGAACUUGGCCGAGGCGAAGGAGAUGUUUGAUUCCAUCCCGAGCGAGGAGCUGACCUCCAUCUGCUGGAACAAUAUUCUCACGGCCUACUCGCAAAACCGGCAGCUUCCAGAGGCGAAGUCGGUCUUCGAUCGGAUGACGGAGAGGACAGUCGAGUCGUGGAACGCCAUGAUCACUGCGUACGUCGGGAACGGGGAGUUCGCAGCCGCCCUCCAUCUUUUCCGGCUGCUAAAGCUCGACGGCACUCGGCCCAACAAGAUCACCUUCACCUGCGUUGCUGAGGCGUGCUCGAGCAUCGGAGACCCGACGGAGGGCCGAGCUCUCUUCCAGUGCGUCACCCAGAGCGAUGAAACGCUGGAUGUUCUCGUCGGCAACGGCUUCGUCAACAUGUUCACAAAGUGCGGGAGCUUGGACGACGCGAAGCUGGUCUUCGACAUGAUCGCCGAGAAGAACAGCAUCGCCGGGACGAGCAUGGUGAACGCGUACGCGCAGGAGGGCCGGACUCGCCAAGCCAAGCUCGUCUUCGACGAGAUGGUGGAUCACGACGUUGUCUCGUGGACGACAAUGCUGGCCGCCUACUUGAACAACGGCCACUUCACCUCCGCCGAGAACCUCUUUGCUCUGAUGCCUGCGAGAGACUAUCUCGCGUGGAGCACCAUGGUUCUCGCCUACGCUGUCAAAGGAAACAUCGAGUUGGCAACCAAACUCCACGAAGAAAUGCCAGUGAAAGACGCUACCUCGUGGACCGCUCUCAUCUCCGGGCAUGCUCGAGCCGGGCACUCCAAGCAAGCGCUAGCGUACUUCAAGCUCAUGGACCUCGAAGGGAUCGAGCCGGACAGGAUCACCUUGAUGAGCGCUCUCGAGGCCUGCGCUAGCUCCACCGCUCUGGCCGAAGGAAAAACCAUCUUCGAAGGCGCUGCUGGUCGAGGCCUCGAUCGAGACACCUUCGUUGGCACAGCGCUGGUGAGCAUGUUUGGAAAGUGUGGCCGCCUCGAUCAAGCUCGAGCUCUCUUCGACAACCUCCCACUACCAAACGUGGUCUCCUGGACGAACAUCAUCGUCGCCUAUGCCCAGAGCGGCGAGCGAUCCCUGGCGGCCGAGAUGUUUAACUGCAUGGAUCUCCAGGGAGAGCAGCCGAACUGGCUCACCUUCUCCACGGUGCUGGCGGCUUGCAGCCAUGGCGGCCUCCUGGAAGACGCGCGCUGCUACUUCCUCCGGAUGAUUGGCGACAAUUCCAUCGAUCCCGUCGUGGAGCACUAUCGCUGCCUGGUGGAUCUCCUGGGGCGCUCGGGGCAGCUGGACCGGAUGGAAGAUCUAGUGAACGAGAUGCCGUUCGAGGGGGACGAGGUGUCGUGGACUGCCGUUCUUGGAGCUUGCAGCUUGCACGGCGAUACCGAGCGUGGCGGACGGAUCGCCAAACAGCUGCUCGAGAUGGAUCUUGAUCGAGGAUCGGCGCUCUACCUCUUGCUCGCGAAUCUCUACACCUCUCUCAGCAACGGGAAUGCUGGUCAAGAAUCGAGUGAUCCGCGCCUAGAAUCGCGAUCGCGAUCGCCGGUCGAUGGAUUGCGAUCGCUCUUCCUCAAAGAAACGUAG